UUGCUCCCCCGCCCUCCCCGUCUCUCUCCUUCUCUCUCUCUCUCACACACAUCACGGCUGUUGCUCGGCCACACUCUCAUCAUCCUCGCCCAUUGUUCGCUUCCCCAACGGCACUGUCGCCUUCAUAUCGAUUGCACUGAAAUCAUCUUAAAAUGGACCAUCAGGACCACAUGAAUUCUGGACAGGUGGGUGACUCUCCUGGGAACAACAUAGCAUCUGGUGUAGCCAACAUGAACAUCAAUGACGGCCAUCAACAAGACAUGAAGAAUGGGACAGCAGCACAUGACGGGCCAGUGAAAGAGGACACACAUGAACCAACGCCUGAAGUGACCACCCAAAAGCCUGUUAUAGAAGACUCCGAACCCAAGCUCUCCCUUGAUAAAGAUGUGCCAUUGGAAGAGUUAACACCCGGAAGUCCGCCCGAGAGUGGCCGGAGCAGUGCGGCAUCACUGGAUGGGGAGGGAGAGCGGGAGAAUGGGCAAAAGGAGAGCUCUGUCAGCCCGAGAGAGUCUCCAAUGUCUCCACAUCCACUUCCAAGAACUCUCGCUGAUGAUUUGGGUUCAGGAAUCCCGGGUUUUGACAGCCAGGUCAAGAGGAGUCCCUCAGAAAAGAUGAGUGACCAUCAUAGCCCCAGUGGUUCUGAGGAGGAGGAGAAAGAAGAAAAUGAAAUGGAAAAGUCUGAGAGAAGAUUUUCAGGUUCUCCUGAUGUGGAAGAAGCUCCUCAAAGUGGUAUCAACAUAAAAGAGGACAAGGAAGUAGUUAGUGAUGAAGAAGAGGAAGAAACAGGAGUUUCCUUGGUGCCCAGUUCUGUCACCCCAGACUUGACAACCCAGAUUGAAGACGAACACGAAACCCCUUCUCAUCUUCCAAUGACCCCAGAGGAAGCUAAAAAGCGUGGUCUGUCGUUUGACUACACAGAACCUCAUGAUCUCGGUCAACAGGGUGGUCCUGUGGGCUGGGAAUGCAGCUCUGACAAAACACCACCAGAAAGCAAGAGCCCUGACUCCUGCAGGGCAGAUCCAGGAUCACCUCUUUCUCCCAUUGCUGCUGCCGAACCUACCCAAGAGGAGUCAUCUCUAACAGAUUUCCAAACGGAUGCUCGAGAGGAAGAAGAGGAAGUACCAGAACCAGAACAAGAACAAGAAGAGGAGGCAACCACCAUUCCUCCAACUUCCCAAGAAUUUGCUGCACCCAAGAUGGAGCCUAAGGCAGAGGAGCUUAGAGAACCUGAAGAAGCAAAAGAGAUCAAGCAGGAGAAGUAUUUGGAGACGAGCGACGAUGAUCGCAUUGAUACGGAGAAGGUCCAGCCUGUUGCCACACCCGAGCCUGUUGCCACGCCCGAGCCUGUUGCCCCACCCGAGCCUGUUGCUAAAACCCAACCCGAAGCUAAGGAUGCUGUUAAACCCAGUGCACAAGUAAUGCCCACAAAGGCACCAAGCAAAGCAGCUCCCGUCAAAGAAUCUCCAGCCAAAAAAACAAAGAAACCCGUCGCUACAGUUGCUGCCACUCCUUCCCCCAAAUCUGCUCCUAAACUUCAGAAAACUCCCUCUAAAGAUGCUGCUCCGGCCAGAAAAGCAAGUGUCCCAUCCAAAGCCAAGACUGGAGCAGGAGCAACUCCUGAAAAAAAGAUACCCACCACAACCCCGCAUGCAAAAGCUAGAUCCACUUCCGCCCCCCAAAGAGGGUCUUCAGUGUCAGGCAUCCCCAGCAAAAAGCCCUCAGUCUCUUCCGCAACUCCAUGUCGCUUUAGCAGUCCAGGCUCUGCAAAUUCUGUAAAAAAGCCCAGCAGUUCAGAAGCAAAAGAGUCCAGGGCCACAGCUGGAGAUGCCAAGACGAAGACAGCGGGUGCCAAACCCCAAGGAGUUGGCACCAAAAUCCCUGCUGCUUCACGGAUGGAGCAGCGAAAGGCAGGACCAGGGUCCAUUGAAAGAGCUGACUCACCUAAAACCCCAGACCGUAGUGGUUGCAGCAGCCCAGCCAGUCGGUCCUCCACCCCUGGACAACAGGUGAAGAAAGUAGCGGUGGUGCGCACCCCUCCCAAAUCACCUGGUUCAUUGAGAUCCCGUGCCCCGAUCGCUCCUGUUGCACCCAUGCCUGACCUGAAGAACAUCAAGUCUAAGAUCGGCUCCACUGAGAACCUCAAACACCAGCCUGGUGGCGGGAAGGUUCAGAUAGUGCACAAAAAGAUCGACCUAAGCAACGUCCAAUCAAAGUGUGGCUCCAAGGCCAACAUCCAUCACAAACCAGGAGGUGGAAAUGUGGAGAUCAAAUCUGAGAAGUUGGAUUUCAAAGCCCAGUCAAAGGUUGGAUCUCUGGAGAACAUUGGCCAUGUUCCUGGGGGUGGACAGAGGAAGAUUGAGAGCCACAAGCUAAGUUUCCGAGACCAAGCCAAAGCACGCACCGACCACGGUGCUGAGAUCGUGUACCGCUCCCCCGACAUCUCCACGGAUGGAUCGCCCGCCCGCCUCAGCAACGUGUCUUCCUCUGGCAGCAUCAACAUGACCGACUCCCCACAACUGUCCACGCUAGCUGAUCAGGUGUCAGCCUCCCUUGCUAAACAAGGCCUGUGAGCUGCUGACCGAAACGUGUUGGCAUUUGACAAAUUGAAAAAAAAGUUAAAAAUAUAUCUCCUUCAGUCCUUUCGAAUAAGGUGCUUGUCAGAUUUCUCCUAACUAAAGGUUGUCCCAGCGGCUUGUCUGCUUGUGAAAUAAUUUUUGCCUCCUGGCAUGGAGAGACAGGUAUUGAUGUUAUUGGCUUAGUAUCAUCAAAAGAAAAAGAAAAGAAAUUACGAUUUAAAAGGAGCUGGUGGUGUAUUGAUCCAAAUGGUCAUUUACAGCACUGAGUAGCCCGAUUUUGUUCGUUUAAUACCCUGUUUUUAAAAGAAACAACAACGACAUUUGCUUUCAAAGCUGUAUUUGCUUCGUUGCCUUAUUGUGAAUGUUUUUAUUUACCAUAACUUAUGCACUCCUGUUUUGACAUGCAGCAGUAGGGAAGGCAACCAUGCUACAUGGUUUGGAAGGGUGCAGUUAAUGAUGCUGGCUAUGAAUUUGAUAGGACGGAAACAUUUCAAACGCUCUUAGCUAAAACAUGAGGCAAUCAGGCUGUAGCCAACACAAAUUUAACAACAGUGGCCUGCUAUAAAAUCAAAUAAAACAAAUGCAUUAGUGAGGACUAUAGUGCAUGCUUUGGUCCUUAAUAAAAGGUGUUAAAAUCACAAAACACCUCAAUGAAAGAGUAAAGACUUUGAUAAAUCAUUAUUAAUGUAAUUUGGAAAUUUCUGUACCAGACUUUGUCUGUGAAUUCUGUAAAACGGCACAUCCUCAUUCAUCACCACAGCAAUUUCUCCAGGCUUACCUGUCCUCAAAUGCACAGGAAGUUGCAUCGCUGAAUGAAAUCUUCUUGCUUGGCCUCUAGUGACUCCUUUGACAGUGAAGAAAGCAAAUGUCAACACACAAAAAUCAUACACAACUUUGAAAUAAAGCUGUCGUACAGGGCUCAACAAUAAGGAUUUGUCUACCUGGACAGUCAUUCACAUUUAUUAUUAUUAUUUUUUAAGUUAUUUUAUUGUUUUUGUGUAUAUACAUUUUAAUUUGAGAUGCUUUUUAAAAUUAUUUAAUGCAAAUAAUUAGAAAUGUAACUCCAUGAAAGCUGUGAAUUUUUACAUAUGGCUUUUGUUGGUCUUUUUUUUAGAUACACAUUUCAUUUUAUUUUAUUUUUAGCAACAUUUUGUAUAAAAAUGUAUGUGAAAGCUAUGAAUUUUCAGCAUUUUGGGGCGGAAACAAAAAUGACAUAUAAUGCAAAACCUUACUGAUAAUGUCUGCUAAUUAAUGACAACCAUUGCUUCAAGUUUCAGUUUUCAAAACAAAAAUGAUUGCUAUGAUUCAAAAGGUUUAUGAGACCAAAUAUAAGAUGCAAUCACAUUGUUAUCCUUAUUGUUGAGCUCUGAUGUAUUCUAUAUCUAAAUUUUCACUCUGUACAUCCUUCCAUUGUUUCCUUUAACUUAUCUCUGGUAACGAUGAUUCUGUAUUGAUGGAUGUCAGCUUCUGUGUAAAAUGCUGCUCCAAAGAAUGUGUAUAUGGACCAUGAGAGGAUUUCAAAGCACUCAAUAAAAUACCUGUAACAUCAUAUCGGGGAAUCUCAUAUUGAGAACAGACAGCAGAAAAGUGCCUCCCAGAGUCCAUCAGCUACAUUUGAGAAAACUGUCUCUGUUUUGGUCUAGGAUAGAUUGAGUACAGCAGCACAGAGCUGAUUCGUUUGGUGUGAAAUACGAUGCAGGACAUUUAACACAUAGCCAAGCUCCCCUCAGUACUAAAGACUUCAAUAUAGACAUCAAUCCAAACCACAACGCUCACACGCUGCACAUUCCCAGCAUGCAAUGGACUUCACCCAUGGUCUUGAAUAUUGUAACCACAGUCACCACAUUCCCCGUCCAACUGUUUAGAAAACCACCUUAACUAGAGCGUUUAACUCAUCGUAAAAAUAUGAAAAGAAAGAAAAAAAGUGGAGGAUGAUCGAAGGAACAAAGCUACCUGCUAAAAUCCAGGUUUAUGUUGCACUCUUUUUUCUAAUAGUAUUGUGUGGACGAUGUAAAAGAUGUACGAAUGCGUUCAGAUGAUCUGGUUUGGAUCUGACACUAAGCUUUUUAUUCACUAUCCGCAGUGCAUUGCAGCUUUACGCUCAUUUGAAAGUGAAUGCACUGAUUUGUCAGAAGAGCUGCCUCUACACCAACAGUACGUUACUUGUUUAGAUGUAUAUCUUGCAUUUAAAAAAAUAUAAUAAUAGGUCAAAUAGAGGGAUAAUUUGCAUCCAGAAUCCACAAUAUCAGUAAAGGACUUAACUAGUGCCACACAUAUACUGUAUCUCUCACAUGACCCUGUGAGAAGCUUUAGACGGAUUGCUGUAAACCCAACACUGUGGCCGUCCUUUGUACAGCAUGCUGCUAACAUAAACCUGAGCAUUUAGACGUGUGGGGUUAAGCUGAAGAACAGACUUUUAUCAGAUAAAAAGUUGAAAAAUGGCACUGGAUAAGACCUUUUAAGUAAUUCUACCCUUUAGCUGUGUUUCAAACGGUUCUGUAAUCUGUUUACCGGUUCCGAGGUCUCUCUAUCGCUCUCCUCCGUUUCAUUUCCCGCCUCUGCUCUUCUCAUCGCAGUUCUUCAUUCUAGCUUGACAGUUGUGAUUGUCUUUAUCGUAAUGUGUUUUAUUAAUUGGUUUACACUGAUACUCCUUGCUGUAAACGUGAAUUUGGAAAUAAAGUCCGUAUUAAACUGC